AGAUUCGACCUAGAUCUAACUUUGUUUACUGUCGCUUAACGUCGUCUUCCCUACAAGAUAGCGGAGCGCUAAGACUUUUGGGUACGGACGUUCAUCUGAUAAAGUAGCAUUGUGUACGGUUUGAACACUUAGAACGCCAAGUAGAUCAAUUUACAUUGUAAAAAUGCUGUCAUUUCUUAAACAUUUAAAGUUAUGACUGGCAUUGUCGAAUCGUGCCCAACAAGCCUGACAGAAGUCAUUGCGUCAUCAGCAAGACUAAGCUGUGGUGAAGACGAGUAUGGAAAUAAUCAGUAUCUGUGCAUUCCUAACACCGAGAAGACUGGACUUGUGGAAUUCUGUCAUAAAGGAGGCAUUCCGUUGACAACAAAAGGUUUUUGUUUGAAGACAAAAUGGCGCCAGUUGUACUAUAGCAAAUGUCAACACUUCAUCAAUGGUUGUCCGAGUAAGCCGUACCAUGCCAAUGAGAUAUAUAAAUAUCCUGCCUGUCUGAAUAUCAACACAGAGAGUCAGUGUUUUCUUGCUGAUCCGACAUGUCCCAAUAUGACAUCAAGAUUCACUACCAACGACAUGAUGGAAACACCCUCCACCUACUUUGACUUCUCUGACACAACUGUCAAUCCUCUCUACAACACAACGGACUCCUUAGAUGACGUAUCCACUGAUAUAGAGGCAGUUGUGGGAGGCGUGUUAGGAGGAGUGUUUCUUAUUACAGUCCUGCUGAUUCUAGUGUUCGUCGUCUUGAGAAGGAGGAAGAAACGGAAAUGUACAAAUAGGAAAGGAGGAGAUGAAGAAAAUCCACUUCUUGCAUUAAGCAACGAAACGAAAAAUAGAAAUAAAGAAAAGAAGAACCCUCCUGCAGAGUCACAUGAAACUGUCGAUAAAGAAGACAAUGUCCCCGAUGAAGUAAAGAAUCAAAUCAAGAAACGAGGGAUCGAUUUCCUAUCGAGUUUAUCUUCAGAACAUGAGAAGUAUUGCAAUGGAAUAGCACAUAUCUUGACUGUCCCAGUAGAAGUUCUAGGAAUGCCAAAAGAAGACAUUGAAACCUUUAUCAGAAACUACAAAAAAGGGAGUACAAAAGUAUACUGCGGCCGUGGCAUGGUGGUGGGUUGUUUCGAGGCAGGAAAGACAACUCUUGUAAAGAAACUGAAGGGAGAAGAUGUAUCUCAUCCACCAGAAUCAACGAGAGGUUUAGACGUUCAUACAGACAUAUUUACUGUGGAUCAAGACGAAACGGUAUUGGCUGUGAACAAGGAUCAGAAAGGUGGACAGCGCUUACACAUAAAUAUGGAAACAUUGGAGAGUGGAGUAAUUAAGUCUUCAUCGAAUGCUCAGCGUUCAUAUCCAAAAGCUGAUGAUGAUGUACGAAGUGCAACUAUCCCACCACCAAUAUAUUAUACACAACCUCCAGCUCAAAGACACGAAAACAAAUAUGAUUUAUCAUUUGAAAAUAAUAAACCUGGUACCUCCACUCAAAAGGCAAAUGAUAUUUCUAAUAAAGUUGAACACAAAUCUGACACAAAUAGAAAAUAUCCUGUUAAACAUCUCGCAAUAGGUCAGAUUACAAACAAUGUUGCGAAUAAAACGGAUGAAAACAAAGAUUAUCUUGGACAUGAGAUAGGAAUUAUCCUUCCUAAUGUCAUUGAUAAAUCAAUAAAGACGAUAAGUUUGUUGGACUUUGCUGGUCAAGAUGCUUAUUACGCCUGCCAUCACAUCUUCCUAAGUCCAAGGAGUUUUUAUAUCCUAGUCACGGAUAUGUCUAGGAAAUUGACUGAAAAACCAACCAACGCUCUUCAGAGAAAGGAUCUCAUGUACAGCGACUGGACUCACCAAGAUUACAUUAACCACUGGCUGGGUUCAAUCCACACAUAUUGUUCGGAAACAGCUCCGGUCAUUUUGGUUCAAUCACACUCAGAAACAAAAGGAGAGAUAGAAAAAGACUACUUUAGUAAAGUACUUGAAGGUGUAACAAGUACAUUGCACGUUCAUUUAAGCUCUGACAAAGUGUUUGCAGUAGAAAAAGACUCUGACAAAAAUAUUAAAGAAAUCAGAUCAAACAUGUUAAGGGUUGUCAAGGAUCGAAGUCACUGGGGAGAGUCCAUUCCUACAUCGUGGGUUCAUCUGGACGCGUAUUUAAUGGAAAUUAAGAAACACCAAAUGGUUUUGCAAAAGAAAGACCUUUGGGAGACAUUGACAUCUCAACCGAACUUGCAGUUUUUAAGCGAAGAGGAUAUGACGACUGCACUGAGAUUCUUUAAUGAUAUUGGUGUUAUUCUCUUUACCACUUCCUCAGAGUCCAUUAUUCUUGAUGUACAGUGGUUUGUGGAUGCGUUCAAGCACAUCAUCACAGAUGAAAACCAUGCAAAGCAUGACAUAGCAAAACAUUUCACUGAUUGGAAAAAGUUCAAUACGAAUGGAAUUUUGCAACGGAAUCUUGCGAAAGAGAUCUGGAAAAGGUCAGAGUCGUUCACUAAAUACACAGAUGAUUUAGUGUUUUAUAUGAUCAAACUUGGAAUGAUUGCCGAAAUGGAAAAGGGAGAAAUAUACUAUGUCCCUUGCAUGAACAAACAAAAAUAUGACAGGAAUGUCUUGCACAACUGUACUUGUUCUUCCACUGUCUGCUUCAUGUUUGAGUAUCUACCAUUGGUGAUUUUCCAUCGUUUAGUUGCCACAUGCAUGACAAGAGAAGGCUGGAAAAUUUGGAAUGGGAACAACCAAAUGAGGACUGGUCAAACCAGUGAAUGCGUGUUUCACACUGCCGCCAUACUUGAAGAUAAAGACGAUAUCAAGGUCCUGAUAGGGAUAACUGAAAAGAAGCAAUAUUUGCACGAUACGUUAAAUACACAUCCCUAUUCUAUAGAAAUACAGUACAUUGUUUUCAAAGAUCAAAAGAUGCAAACACAGUUCGCAAGAAACAAACUAGAAACAAUUAAAACUCAUCUUAAAGAUUUAACUUCAUGUUUUGGAGCAAAUCGUGACAAGACUUACAGAAUGGGAUAUAGGUGUUCAAUUGCCCCAUUUUCUGACACUCCUGUGUCCCACAUCAUUUUACAGUCUGCAAAAGAAUGCACACCAUGUAGGAAACGUGUAGAUAUCAACUACCUGCGAUCAUUUUGGGUGGUUGACACUACAUCUGAUGAUGAUACAUUCGACAUUAAAGAAAAGAAACACGAGAGAAAUAAUAUGGAUCAAGAAGAUAUAGCUCGACGGAUUGUAGAAUACGCUGACAAUCCUAGCAGAAAUAGAGGAGAAACCACAUCUCUACAAACACAACUCGAUAACGAACAGGACCACUACACUGGCGAUGGCGUGCCUAAUGCAUUACAUGCAGCCUGCAAGAAUGCGAACCUCAAAAUGUGUGAACAUCUCAUCCAAACACACCCUGACCUUCUACACAGUGUAGAUAAUGAUGGAGGGAAUGCUGCUCUACACGCUGCUCAAGGUGGAAACGUGAACAUUCUACAACUACUCGCAGAUAAUGAAGUAGACGUCAAACAUAAAAACAAUUAUGGCUGGAACAUUCUAAACGUGGCCUGUGUACAUUCUAACUUAAAAAUGAGUCGUUAUAUCAUCCAAACAUACACAGACCUUCUACACAAUGUAGAUAAUGAUGGAUGGAAUGCUGCUCUACACGCCGCUCGUGGAGGAAAUGUUGAAAUUCUACAACUACUGGCAGAUAAUGGAGUAGACGUGAAACAUAAAAGCAGUGGCGAUCGGGAUAUUCUUAACGUGGCCUGUGUACACUCUAACUUAGAAAUGAGUCGUUAUAUCCUCCAAACAUACCCAGACCUUCUAAACAGUGUAGAUAAUGAUGGAUGGAAUGCUGCUCUACACGCUGCGCAAGGAGGAAACGUUAAAAUUCUACAAUUACUGGCAGAUAAUGAAGUAGACGUCAAACAUAAAACCAAUGACGACCGGAAUAUUCUUCACGUGGCAUGUGCACACUCUAAUUUAGAAAUUAGUCGUUAUAUCAUCCAAACAUACCCUGACCUUCUACACAGUGUCAGGAAUACUGGGUGGAAUGCUGCUCUACACGCUGCGCAAGGAGGAAACGUUAAAAUUCUAAAAGUACUGGCAGAAAAUGGAGUAGACGUCAAGCAUCAAAACAAUUACAACUGCAACAUUCUUCACGUGGCGUGUGUACACUCUAACUUUGAAAUGAGUCGUUAUAUCAUCCAAACAUACCCUGACCUUCUACACAGUGUAGAUAAAGAUGGAUGGAAUGCUGCAUUAUUCGCUGCACGAGGAGGAAACGUUAAGAUCCUACAACUACUGGCAGACAAUACUGUAGACGUGAAACAUAAAGAAAAUGAUGGUUGGAACAUUCUCAACGUGGCAUGUGGACACUCUAAUCUAGAAAUGAGUCAUUAUAUCAUCCAAGCAUACCCAGACCUUCUCCACAGUAUCAGCAAUACUGGAUGGAAUGCUGCUCUACACGCUGCGCAAGGGGGAAACGUUAAAAUUCUAAAACUUCUCGCAGAUAAUGAAGUAGACGUGAAACAUAAAGAUAAUCACGGCUUGAACAUUCUUCACGUGGCGUGUGUACACUCUAACUUAGCAAUGAGUCAUCAUAUCAUCCAAACAUACCCUGAUCUUCUAAACAGUGUGAAUGAUUAUGGAGAGGAUGCUGCAAUACUCGCUGCUCGAGAAGGAAAUAUCAAAAUCAUACAACUACUAGCCAAUCAUGGAGUGAAUGCAUAAUCAGAAAAAUAUUACCGGUUUUUAAAGCGCUAACCGUAGCUGCGCUGUAUUGUCACCAGUUGGAUUUUGGUUUCGUCAUCAUGUUUCCGGUUUAUCUCCACCUAUAGGCAAAUUUAUGCAUCGCUUUAAUAAACAAGUCGAGUUUAAAGUAGUCGUAAUAGUACGGGGAUAACAUUCAUAUUCGCAGGGGCAUUUUCCCCCGGAAAUAUAGCUCGUUGGACAGUGGAUAAAAUAUGUAUAAAAAGGUGACAUUUUUGUCCUCAUUCUGGGGGAAAGUGGGACACAGAAGCAGGUCAUUCUUC